UAUCUGCUAAGGAAGAAGCAAUGUUUGAAAAUGAACAAGAUGAGUUGAAAGGUGAACUGAAUUCGCUCUCCAGAUCCCUUUCACAACUGGCACGACAGAGGAGAAAUGUCAUUUUAAAAGGGAAGAGAAGUCGUAGGCCAUUCAAUCUCUGGGAUAAAUAUAUGCAGCAAUUUAGUGGUUCUGUGCAGUUGGAGACUGAGUUUGUCAAUAUAUUGACUAAACGUAAUAGAUUGUAUUGCCGUAUUCAUUUGGUACAAAAGUGUCGACGUCAAGCCAUUUUCAAAAAUCGUUCCAAUCACAGUAUGUGUUGUGUAGGGGGAAAUAUCCAAGUUUGUUUAUGUUAUAUUCAUGUAUUUUCUUUAUAUUUCACAUUUGUUUCAUAUGUCGUAGAUAAAUAUAAUAUGACUACCAAUUGUUUUAUUUUUCGCAUUAUGUAUUUAUUUAAGCUUCAAUGUAUAUUUGGCACG